GAGAUGACAUUUGCGCGGGAUUUCUGAUUGCAGAAAAACAACAAACCUUGGCCACAGGACCAUAUCAGAAAGACGAGAUGAUGAAUGCUGCAAUCCUAGUGUUUUGAAAAACGACACUUUUCACUAAAUUCGAAUACUUAGUUAAUAAUGUCUAUAUUUUGCAAUGUAACUUGUAACAUUCCGCAUUAAAUAGCUGAAGGUUCGAAAUCCUGAGUCCUCUUGAGGUGAUUGCAGAAUAGAGGGAAAUCUGUUAUAGUUGUAAAAGAAAAGAUAUCAAGAUGGCAAUGCAGGAACGGAGACAGGCCGAAGAGGUGGCGGAUGUAGAGGAUGAGACAUUUGGACCACUCCCUCUCAGCAGGCUGGAGGCGAAUGGUAUCAGUGCAACAGAUGUAAAGAAAAUGGAAGAUGCUGGUUUCUUCACAGUAGAAUCAGUAGCAUAUACCCCCAAGAAAAACCUUCUGUCUAUCAAAGGCAUAAGUGAAGCUAAGGCUGACAAAAUCUUGGCAGAAGCUGCCAAAUUAAUUCCUAUGGGGUUUACUACUGCAACAGAAUUCCACCAGAAGAGAUCAGAAAUUAUUCAGGUUUCCACAGGGUCAAAGGAACUUGAUAAACUGUUACAAGGUGGGAUUGAGACUGGCUCUAUCACAGAAAUAUUUGGAGAGUUCAGAACAGGAAAAACACAGAUUUGUCAUACCUUAGCCGUCACCUGUCAGUUACCCAUUGAUAUGGGAGGCGGGGAAGGAAAGGCACUGUAUGUAGACACUGAAGGAACUUUUAGACCAGAACGGUUACUGGCUGUUGCAGAAAGAUAUGGUCUAUCAGGGAGUGAUGUGUUGGAUAAUGUGGCUUGUGCCCGAGCCUACAACAGCGAUCACCAGUCACAACUUCUUGUACAAGCUGCAGCUAUGAUGUCCGAGUCAAGAUAUGCUUUACUGAUAGUUGAUAGUGCCACAGCUUUGUACAGAACUGACUAUUCAGGGAGAGGAGAACUGUCUGCCAGACAAAUGCACCUGGCACGCUUCUUAAGAAUGCUGCUUCGUCUGGCUGAUGAGUUUGGUGUGGCAGUUGUGAUAACAAAUCAGGUGGUUGCUCAGGUUGAUGGAGCAGCCAUGUUCUCGGCUGACCCCAAAAAACCCAUUGGUGGAAACAUUAUAGCCCAUGCCUCCACUACAAGAUUAUACCUGAGGAAAGGAAGAGGGGAAACUCGAAUAUGCAAGAUAUAUGAUUCUCCAUGUUUACCAGAGGCUGAAGCUAUGUUUGCCAUUAAUGCUGAUGGAAUUGGUGAUGCAAAAGACUGAGCAUAAGACAGAGAUCUUAUCAAAUAACAGGACUGUAGAGCACCCUAACUCUGUCAACUUUUUGUGAUAACUUGACUCCACUUGGAAGUUGACACAAAACAUAAAGGAGACCACAACCAGUAGUGCUGACACACAAAAAGAAUGAGAAAAAUAAAUUUUGCAGGAAGGAUGUGAAUCAUGUCAUUAUAGAAGUGAAACCUUACCUGGACUUUUGAGUGGUACAGGUGUAUUUUGACUUCUGUCUUUACAGAAUAUAGGACUUUGAAAGCUGGCUUAUGGGACUGGUUCCAAACCAAGUACUACAAGAGGCACAUAUGUAUAUAGAGCAGAUACUGAAAGGACCAGAAGUGGAGAGCUUGUUAUAUAACUGUAUUGUUGGUGACUGUUACAAUGCUGUUAUAAAACCCUGAACAUGCACAAAAUAUCACUGCUGAGAUUCAAAUAGAAUUGUUAUCUAUGAUGUUAAUGGCAGUGCAAUAUAUAGCUGCCAGCAUGCGAGAUGUGUGCUGCUGUACAGAGGCAGGAAGCCUGUAUCUUUAUUUUAGAUAUCUAAAAUAUGUAAGGAAAUGACAAUAAAUUAUAACAUUUUAAUUAAAGCUGUAUUGAUUUUUCA